AUGGCGGUCGAUAAUCGGUUCGAGCAGUCUGGGGUGCCUUACCGCCAGAAGAAGAAGCAUUUCUCAGGCUCUGGAAACCGAGUUCCCCAGAGAGGGACCAAAUUCUUGUUUGUGAACGAGCAAGAUGACAAAGAUCCCAAUUACACCUCUUCCGCAACUAAACAUGCCUGGGUCAAAAGUCGAUCCAGUCGCAUCAAGAAGGAAAAGCAACUUAAGGCGUUGAAAGCAUCUGUUAUACCCUUCCCUAGUUCUCAGUCUCUUCAGAUAUCCACCAAAUCAGGGGUUUCGAGUCUCAAUUUCAGGGGUCAUCAACGGUCGCAAACCAAUGAAGAUGAUCGAUCUAAGCCAUUCAUGGGCCAAACUAUACAAGCGGGCUUAUUUGAGGCAGUUCCUUAUUUACCCACCAAUACCAUUCAUAGUAUCUCCUUCUAUUGUCACCAUUAUCGGACAUAUGCUUCUCACGCAACCUUUCCUCUAAGCUCAGAAACUAUGUCCUUGUACUUCUAUAAAGAAGGAAUGGACCAGCCAGCUCUGAUUGAAACUCUUUUAUUUUUGAGUGCUGCCAACCAUGCCGCGAGCUUAAAGAGCAGGGAUGCUUCGCCAUAUCUGAUUGAGAGCACAAUGCAAGAUGCCCUAAAAUUGCGCUCACAUGUUUUGAAGUCUUUACAGACUCUCAUGCUCGACUCGUCGCGGUCAAUCUCAGAGAAAACGAUUUUAACCAUUUGUCAUCUUGCCUGCAUAGAAGCGAACAUCGAAGGUGUCAAAGCUCAUAUCUUGGGAUUGCAAUGCAUUAUUAAUGCAUUGGGUGGGCUUGAAAAUUUGGAACUUCGAACACUUUCUGCCGUAUACUGUGUCGAUGCGAUGAAGGGGCUGGUGCUUGAUACUCCUCCAAUUUUCAAAAUUUCUAAAAAGUGGGAAAAGUGGAUAAAGACCAAUUCUAUUUGUAUUGCUGCCGAUAAUCGUCCCCCGUCACAGUCGAAGUUAGGGAAACGGUUUUUCAACUCUUCAUGGUCACCAGAUCUUCCUGAGGAGCUAGUGUCAAUACUCAAGGGCUUCCAACUUCUCAUUCCCUGCUACGAGCAGAUGAUACAAAAGGAAAGACGACAAAUGCCCGUUGAAAACGACUGCCUACUCUAUCUAAUCCAUAGACUAUACAUGCUUCCAUAUAAAGUGAUGGUUGAUCCAUUACUGGAAGUACUUUCCAUUUCAUUGCAAGCAUAUACACUUGCCAGGAUCUGGGAAUGGCGUGGAAAGCCAUGUUUUGCUAAUGUUGGCCGAACCUUCCGACAAAAGAUCGAAAAUUCUUUCAAUUAUCUAUUGAUGGAAGCACCAGAUCUUCUUUUCUGGUCACUCUUCCAUGCAUGCCUCGUGUCAGUAGGCUUUGAACUCUAUGAUUGGUUCUUCACCAAACUGAAGGAAUGUGCCGACAGGCUGCACAUUCGUGAUCUCAGUCAAGCAUUGCCUGUCCUGGAGGGAUUCUUUUUUGUAUAUCGCAUGUCAGAGGAGCCUGCGAGAGAGCUCAUGAAUUCAUUAUUCCCUCCAAAGGGAAAGCGGACAGGGCGUGCCCUGGAGUUUAUACAGUAUAAAGUUGGCUGA